UGUUUCAGAUGUAGCCGGAACACAACUUAAUGAAUCAACAUUAGUCAUGACCCCCCAGACCAUCAGAUGCUGAUACAUGGAAGCAUGGACAAUAUCGAGGAGUACCUACUCAGUUUAUUUCUGACUUGGUGUUCGAAACACCACUCGAUUUAUUUUCGGUGAAAGUGUCGUGAUCGGAAAAACAUCUUCAAUAUUUAUUAUUCAUCAGUGUGCCAGGAAUAUAUUAGAUUUGUGCGAGUGCCGUUUCAGUGAAGAUGUAAACAUUAUAAAAUGCCAUCGAAAAGGCAAUACGACUUGGUGCAGAAUGAUGACUACGACACAAGAAUUCCACUGCAUCCUGAGGAGGCCUUCCAUCAUGGUAUUACGUUUCAAGCCAAGUAUAUCGGCAUGUUGGAUGUACCAAGACCAACAAGUAAAGUUGAAAUUGUCGCAGCCAUGCGAAGAAUACGGUACGAAUUCAAAGCCAAAGGAAUUAAGAAGAAGAAGGUGACAAUAGAGGUAUCCGUAGAUGGAGUUAAAGUUACACUGAGGAAAAAGAAGAAGAGAAAACAUUGGCUCGAUGAUGGAAAAUCGCUUCUGCUUCACCAUCCCAUCUACAGGGUGUUUUACGUAUCGCACGACUCUCAAGACCUUAAAAUAUUUAGUUAUAUAGCAAGAGAUGGAGCAUCCAACGUGUUCAAAUGUGCUGUCUUCAAAACAAGUAAAAAGCAAGUCAUGAACAAGAAUAUCAAAGAAGAUCAAGCUCGCGCCACCUGUGAAAUGCUGGACCAGGAAGUGAUCAUCAAGAAGAAACAGGACGUUCUAUCCAAAGCCAAGAAACGGUUGCUGAGCCUCAGCGAUGCCCUCAAGUCCAGCAAGAACCUCAAUCUUCCAGAAGCGAAGGGUAUGACGAAGUCCAAGACGCAGGUGACCUUGGACUAUUUUUUCAAGAAUUGCGCUUCGAAAAACAACUACAUCUAUGCCAAUACAAAGCCGCAGCAGGAGAAAAGAUCUGUCGGCCUGCAGAAGCAAAAUUCCGUGGGUUCUUACCCCAUCAAAAUCGAAGUCACAGAUGAAGAUGACUAUUUCCCGAUUGAUGCAGGAGACCGACCAGCAGAGCUUUGUGUUGAUGGAGGUGCAAGUAAACUCGAUACCGAAGCUUUGGCACUCGAAAGACCUAGAAAAAAAUUAUCAUUUCGCUUGCCAGAGAUUGUGGACAUCAAUAAGAAUACGCUCAGUAUUGAUGACAGUAAUGCAGAAAGUCGAAUAAUCAAAAACAUUCCGAGGGGUAAACAAGAUAGAUCACCUCCAAUACCGCCCGAAAAUGCAAGUUUCAUUGAAAGUAUUUCCCGACAACCGAGUUAUGAGGAUGUUGAUCUAGAGAGCCAAGCCAUGCGAGUAGUGAGGACCGUAGGUCAAGCAUUCGAAGUGUGCCAUAAACUGUCAAUUCACCCUCCCGAAAAUGAAAAUUUCGAUCAGGAUGAACAAGAUACGCUUACCCAAGACUUACUCAGCGAUCGAUUAAGUGAUAUUACUAGUGAUAAGCCUAAGAGGGAUACAAUGUCGGAAAAUGCCAGUGAUAGAAUGUCUCUUCCACCAGACGAGAGUAGUUUGAAAGACUUCGAACCCAUGAGGAACGGAAAACAUAUCUUACCACAACUGGAGAUACUGCCGCCUCCACCAAAUAGCAACACUAAAAACACGUCACUGUCGAAUGCAGAAACGUACGCAUCUCCCCUCAGUGACGCCAUUGCAGCUGUCAGUACAGGUGGUGGUACCAACUGUCUCCCUCCUCCAGGUGGCACACUUUCCGCCCACCACGAGCUGCAGCUGAUGAGGGAGCAGCUCGAGCAGCAGAGCCAGCAGACACAGGCAGCGUUGGCGCAGCUGCAGCUGGCGAGAGAACAGCUAGCUGCCGAACAGAGUGCAAGACUGGAGGCGCAAGCCAGAACCCAUCAACUUCUUGUCCAUAACCGGGAGUUGUUGGACCACAUAGCGGCAUUGGUGGCGCAUCUGCAAGGGGACAAACCUGGCCAGCAACAAACUCCACCGCACAUGACUUUGCCUCAGCACACCGAGUUGGCCGGAAACUGCGUUCAAGAAAUCUCCGAUUCUCCAACAUCGAGCAACAGCCCUCUACACCCAGCAUUCGGUGUACCCCACCAAAGCCUAAUGGACCACAGAAAUAUCUCCUGUCUGCCACCGAACUCGCCACAAAGGUCUACUUUCAGUCCCAACGGAACCGUUUUCAAUUUCUCUUACCCCCACCAGCUGAUCCCAGAACCUGACCCACAGUUACUACAGAGACUGCAAGGUUUCAGCGGCUAUCAGCUCCCAACACCGUUACAGUAUCUUUAUCCUCAACCAAUGCCCUAUUUGCCUACAAACCUUUAUAAUCCGCCGCUUCUGAACAACAACUAUACGCUACAACCACCUCCGCAAAAGAAAAUUCCUGCUUCUCCGCUAUUGUUGAGGAACUCGUACAGUGGCACAACUGGUACAGCAGCGGAGGCUGGAAUCAAUUCUAGGAACAGUGAGCCUAGGCAACUACCCAAUCAGUACCAGCAAAGUACUGGCAACCUUCAGAAUCAAUCACAGUAUUAUUCCAAUAGUCAUCAGCAUCAGAGUCAAUCGCUCGCUGACCUCAACCAACAAAAUACACCACUCGGUAGUCAUUCCGAUGCUCAUAGACAGAAUGUACCAACAAACGUCAACCAGAACGCCAAUCUUCAAGUUCAACUGAACCAAAGGCAACAAAGAGACUCUAGUCCGAAGCCUAAUGCUUCCACAGUGGACAAAACCACUGGUCAGUUCAUUAAGCCUUUGCCACAAAUGGGCGCUUUGACGACAACAGAUCCUGACGGUAGGGUUAGAGUGAUUGUGCCGGUGCCUUCCAAUUCCAGAGAUGACGUCAGCGAUUUGCUGGCAAAUUUCAGGUUUGCUGAUACGCUCAGACCGCUCAACGGCCCAGGCAUCACAAGGACGACAAGUGAGAAAGUGCCGAACAGGAGUGAGUUGAUGUCUCAGCUCUCUUCUGCUGCAAAAGUAGAACGUUGGUUCGAACUUCUAGAGCCUUUGUCGAUCUCCCGGCCAGAAAGUGGAUUUGUGUCUUCCCAAGAUCAAGAUCCAGAAGAAGACGAUGAUGAACGAGCCAUUUUGGAAGGGACGAGGAAUCUUCUAUCAAGACUCAGCGCCAGGAAACAGAGGAAAUUGUUGGGAUUGAAAUUGGGAAAGGUUACGACGUUCUGACUCUUUUUUCGAAGGAUAAGUUCAGAAUAGAACUUGCUUUACUGAUUUUGUAAUUUGUGUCAUAAAAAGGGAUUUCCAAUUAGAGCUGCUACUAAUUUUUUUUUCAAAAAGCAAAUAUUCAGCAUCAGAUCCGAACACUUUCAUCAUAUUAUUUGAACUGGAUGAGUAUCUUCACACCCAAUGGGCACGUAUACGUCGAAAAGACGUUUAAUAUCCAUCCGUUGAAAAACUAUGAGAACAUGUCCCAGAAGAAAUGUUUUUUUCAUUCAAAAGUUCUAUUGAAACUGGAAUAUACGUAUUCUCGACAAAUACGAAUCGUUAGUUGAUCACGUUAGAAUUAUGUUCUUGAAACGCAUUCAUGUAACGUUAUCGUCUUGACCGAAUUGACAACUUUGAAAAAUUGUAUUUUUCACCCAUUCAAUGUUGAAUGAACGUCGAAUCCAAAAAUGAAUUGGAAAAAGUCACGAGUUUGAGUAAAUAUCACAAUAACCGACGAAUAAAAAAAUGCUUCGAGUUCAAAUGAAACUGACAGCUUUGAUUGGAAGAACUUUUAGGUUUUAUGUUCGUUUGAAGAAUUAUAUAUAUUUUCUUAGUCUAAUGAUAGCUAGUAUAUUUUUAAUUUUAUAUUCAUUUGCGGAGAUGAACUAUUGUGAUCCUUGGCUACAAGGUGACAUUGAAAUAAAUACAUAUAAUCUGAAACAUAAGAAGGCCCAAACUUCACUAUUCAAUGACACUUUGAACAAAUAUAUAGGGUUUAUUCAAAUUUGGCGGGUAUUCUGACGUCACUUCCAUCGAGGAGGAUUAAUUACGCGAAUAUAUAAAUUAUUUCAGUUUUAUUUACGUGAAGUGCUCACUAUUCUUCACAUUUUUGUUCAAUUUCCAAGGAUAAUUUAUUAGAUUAUAAAAAUUUUGAAUUUUGGUAAUACUCAUUUGACAGCAGGCCAUUAUAUGAUGUGUUCGAUGUGUAGGUAUUAUUUCAAAAUCACCUUGUAUAUAUUAGUAAUAACUAGAGGUUAAUUUAUCAUUCCAUACAUUGAAUCCUAAUCUAUAUCUCUAGUUCAAAGUGAAACAAUGAUGAAAGGAAGACUAUGAUGUCGUCUACCUCCUGAGCUUCUUCUGUUUCUUUCUUCAGGAAAGAUAAACAAGAGAAGAAUCGACAUAUUUUUAUGUCUGAUUAUAUUAUUGAAUCUUCAUAUACAGGGUGGAGACUUCAACUGGUGUAAAUUCAUUACAGGGGGAAUGAAUGGUUUUACUGAAAAUUCGCGACACAGGACAACGUUUAAAUAUAUUCAUCUACAUUUGGCGAGCAAGAUGGAGAAUACUACCCCAUGUUUUUUUCAAAAGAAAGCUGGUUGAAAGAGGAAUCCAUAGUACUGAUCAUUUUUCAGUUUGCAGUGUAAUAUUCACUUCCCCGCUAACGAAUUCAUUCCAGUUGAAGUCUCCACACUGUAUAGAAGCAUUACAAAUGAUCAAAUUAUAUACCUAUCCUGGAUAAUUUCACUAUUUGUGAAUUUGCAAAUAUAGAGAUACUUAUUUGUGGAAAAAUACAGGUAGAAUUUAUCGAAUAUUUCAAAAUCAACGAAUCAAAAUUUUCAUUUCAUUGAUAAUUUUUUUCGUCUUCAUGUUCAUUACCUAACAAACGUAGGUUCGAAAAACCUAAGAACUUCUUAAAUAUCACUGAGAUAAUGAUUAUAUGUUUGAACUUCAUUCUAAUGAAGAAAACACAAACCAAUUUUAAGCAGAUUUUAACUGAAGCACCUGAUAUUCAACCCAAAGUCAUAUCUGGUAAUCAAUAGAAGUGUUUUUUUUCCUAUACAUAUUCUUGUUCUUUAUAUUAUUAUAUGCCGAAGAUUUUGAUAUCGAGUAGUUAGAAUGAAUCUCAGUACAUAUCUCAUACCCAUAGUAUCAGUGUAGGUCCCUAUUCAAUUUAUUUGUAACAAUUUUUAUAUAAAAAUCAACCCGAUCUAUAGAAUUUCAAUAUUCUUAUGUGAGUAUGAAGGUAUUAUAUCGAGAUCGAACAAUAUGUAGCUAUCACCUUUCAACUUCCUAUAGGAAUGAUCUGAAGGUUAUUUUCAACUUGUUCAUUAAUUUAUACAUGACUGAUUAAUAUAAUAUAUUCUUGAUGAAUAU